AUGAGGAGAGUGACAAUGCAAAAAACACUGAUGAAAAUGGUGCUAAGGAAAGUGAAAAGAAAAUGCAAGUAAAUGAGGGAGAAGAGGUAACGGUGACAGUGAUAGAUGGUGAAAUACCAAAUGGCCAAACAGCCAAUGGCAAUGCAAACAACAAUAAUAAUAACAACAGUAACCUAUUAUUGGACAACAAUGCCAGUUUGGCAGGAAUUAAUGAAAUUAAAGAAGAACCAGAGCUGCUGGACUUGUCCUCCUCAGGGGCACUUCCUUCACAGGAAGAGAUCAGGGCUUCUGACAUUUUCCAGCAACUUCAAGAGGACAGCUCAUGUGCCAAAUACUCACAAGACAUGAAAGAGGCAGAAGAAGAACAUCCCACUACCAAAACAUUGGCUUUCACGGAGACAGAUGACAACAAAAAAAUGAGUGCCUCAAGUUUUCUAGACGACAUAUUUGCAGGUUUUGAUGACAGUUCUAGUUUGUUUCAUGAAUUUAAGGAUGACAUUUAUAGCAAGGAAUCAGCUUCAUCUCAGCUGGAUGACCUUCUGGAUUUUGGAAUAGAAUUAAAGGGGGAGAUGGGCCAACAUACUGAGGCGGAAACGAGGAAGAAUCCGCUCGAUAAAAAUGACACCAAAGCUUCUGGGUUGCUGAGCGAAGCCAGCAGCCUCUGGCAGGAUGAAAAUGAAUUCUUGUCCGUAGAGGAUCAAAUUAAACAGAACCGAUAUUAUGAUGAUGACUGAUGGGGGGAAAAAUUAACACUCUGUUUAAUCUGCCAUACACUCAUUUAUACACAAUCAAAGUUUCUGUUAACAUCCCUUAGAACAGUCCCAAAGCUCUGUUCAUGGAGAGAUGAAUGUUAGCAUGCUUGUAUUGUAUUUUAUACUCAGCUCGCAGCAGACAGCACAUUUAACUGCAUUCUGAACGUUUUUAAAAGCUUUAUUUAAAGCACCUGGUGUGCAAGACAAAUUUGGGAAAUAUGAUAGUGAUUCUUUUUGUUUUUGCUGUAAACAUUUAAUUCAGAAUUCAUGUAUCUUUGCCUGUGUCUGUGUUUGCAGAUACUCUUUUACUUUCUUUAUAGAACAUUCAUAGGGGGUUAUGAUUUCUGCUUUUGUUUGAAAGAAUUUUUGAUUGUCUAUCUUAAGAUGGUUAGAAUGAAUUGUUUCCAUUAUACUGCUAAUGCAAUGACAAUAAAUAAAAACCAUGUUUCUGAAA